CCAUGAUACAGUGCGUGACUCAUAGCCUUCUCCAUUCUUCUCUUACAGACUAAGAAGAAGAAAAAACUUCCUCCCGUUUUCACACUCAACCUUCGUUUUUGCUCACUCUAUUUCUCUCUCCUGCUUAGAUAAUACGCUCAUGGCUCUGUUUGGGCUCUCUCUGUUCACUCUGUUUUCUUUGACCCACAUUGCUCUGCUUUCAACUCUCUGUUCCGCUGCAGACCCCAUCGUCUCCUAUGACUUCCGAGUAUCUUACAUCACCGCCUCCCCGCUCGGCGUUCCUCAGCGGGUUAUAGCAGUUAAUGAGAAGUUUCCUGGUCCUCCUAUCAAUGCUACUACAAAUAACAAUGUUGUUGUUAAUGUACACAAUGAAUUGGACGAGCAUCUCCUCCUUACUUGGUCUGGGAUCCAAAUGCGGCGCAAUUCAUGGCAGGAUGGUGUUCUUGGCACAAAUUGUCCAAUCCCUCCUAAAUGGAAUUGGACUUAUCAGUUUCAAGUUAAGGAUCAGAUCGGGAGCUUCUUCUACUUCCCAUCUUUAAAUUUUCAGAGAGCAGCAGGGGGUUUUGGUUCCUUUCAUAUUAAUAACAGGGAAAUUAUUGCAAUUCCUUUUAAUAAGCCUGAUGGGGAUAUCUUCAUUACUAUUGGUGACUGGUAUACACGAAACCAUACGGCACUGAGAACUGCUCUUGAUGCUGGAAAAGACCUCGGGAUGCCAGAUGGAGUUCUUAUCAAUGGGAAAGGGCCUUAUCAAUAUAACAAUACCCUUGUACCUGAUGGGAUUCAGUUUGAAACCAUCAACGUUGAUCCAGGAAAGACUUAUCGAUUACGUGUGCACAAUGUUGGUAUUUCAACAAGUUUGAACUUCAGAAUUCAGAGUCACAAUCUGCUUCUAGCCGAAACAGAGGGGCAUUAUACAAUGCAACAAAACUAUACAAACUUUGAUAUUCAUGUAGGACAGUCAUAUUCAUUUCUUAUUACCACGGAUCAGAAUGCCAGUAGUGACUACUACAUUGUUGCAAGUGCAAGGUUUGUAAAUGAGUCACUUUGGCAAAGGGUUACUGGUGUUGCUGUCUUACACUAUUCCAACUCUAAAGGUCCAGCAAGUGGUACUCUCCCUGACCCUCCCAAUGAUGUUUAUGACAAGACAUGGUCGAUGAACCAGGCAUUGAGUAUCAGGCAAAAUGGAUCUGCAAGUGGAGCUCGCCCUAAUCCUCAGGGAUCAUUUCACUACGGUUCAAUUAAUAUCACCGAUACAUACGUGUUAAAGACAGUGCCACCACAGAUAAUCAAUGGGAAACUGCGAGCUACACUUAAUGGCAUCUCAUUUUCCAAUCUUACUACACCAAUCAGGCUUGCUGAUCAGCAUAAAGUUAGAGGAGCCUAUAAGCUUGAUUUCCCCAAUAAGCCACUAAAUAGAUCCCUCCGAAACGACAUCUCUGUUAUCAAUGCUACAUAUAAGGGUUUUAUUGAAAUCAUUUUCCAGAACAAUGACACCACAGUGCAGAGUUUUCAUUUGGAUGGAUAUUCCUUUUUUUUGGUUGGGAUGGAUUAUGGUGAGUGGACUGAAGACAGCAGAAAUAGAUACAAUAAGUGGGAUGGAAUCUCUCGCUGCACUGCACAGGUUUUCUCUGGUGCAUGGACGGCAGUGCUCGUCUCGCUUGACAACCCUGGGGCAUGGAAUCUUAGAUCACAAAACCUUGAUAGAUGGUAUCUGGGCCAAGAGACAUAUUUGAGAAUUGUGAAUCCAGAGGAGAACGGUGAAACGGAGUUUGGUGUGCCUGAUAAUGUUCUGUAUUGUGGUGCACUAGCCUACAUGCAGAAGGAACAGAAGCACUCUUCUGCAACACCAAUUUCCGGAGGAAAUAUCAAGCUCUUCUCCCUGCUAAUGGCAUUCUUCACUUUGGUUUUGUACUUUUAGAUGAUGAAUUUAUUGGUGGCUGUUGAGAGGUCCUAUGGUUCCAAGCAGCGGCAGCAUUUUCCUGCUGAAUUGCUGGGGGUUUCCAAUACAUAUCUUAGAGUUUAGGUGUGCAAAUCAAGUCAAUCGUGGUACAUUUUUUUUUUCGUGGUUUUAGUGACAUUUGCUUCUUUUUUUGAAUUUUGUGGAAGCAAUACACAUACAGUACCGUGUAAUAGGUUUUUUCCUGAUCCAACAUUCUUUUGUGCGUUUGUGUACUCAUGAUGAUGAUUAUUAACCCAUUCUCAAUCAAUCAAUCCGAUACCAUUUGACUUCCUUUAAA